CACGUGUUUUAUAAUAAAUCAGUGCAUCUGUGAAGUGUUUUCAUAGACUUGUGAUCGGUCAGAUCCAGCAGCUUCUGCUUUCCGAGUCUUCAUCAUUACACAUUUAUAAAAGCCAACCUCCCCAGAAGAGUUGUGUAUGACCUGCUCUCCAGCUCCUGAGAGAUAACAAGAAAGGUUGAGUUAUAUACACGAGAAUCGACUUCUCAAUAUCUUCCCCAGAUCUACUGGAUCAUCUGAGGGAUUGGACUGGAUCAAGAUGCUGCUGAUCAUUGAAGCUCUUCUCCUCAUUUCAGCCGUUCAGGAUCAGAGACAUGCUGCUGAUGGACAGAUUCUCCCACUGGAUAUGGCAGAGAAUUCAGUUGAUGACCAAUUUUACCUUUGGUAUAACUGGUGUGCAAAGAAGAUGGAGCGUCGAGUGCAGACAGAAUUUCUGAAGAAGGAAAUGACUGACACUAAUUUUGCAACAGUUUGGAGAAAUGCUGAAAAUAAUCACAAACCACCAGGAGAUCAUUUGUCGAAGAAUCAUUCAGUUGCCAUUUAUACGUACACUAACUCAGAUUUUACUCUCUAUCAGAAAUUCAAUAAUGAUGUUCGUACUGGUAAACAAAAAUAUAAAGACGGGACAUAUUCAUGGUAUUCACUUCACUUUUGGUUAACAGAAGCGAUACAGAUUCUGAAGAAAACACAAAAUAAUUGCUACAAUACGUACCGUUGUACUGACAAGGAGUUUGAUAAGAAUGUUAAGGGCAAAGAAGUUCGUUUCGGCCAGUUUGCCUCAUCCUCUCUUGAUCGUUCAGUAGCACAAAAGUUUGGAACUAAAUCCUGUUUUGAAAUCUACACUUGUUCAGGUGCUGAUCUGACUAAAUACUCGAGGUUUCCUAAUGAGAAAGAAGUGCUGAUUCCUCCAUACGAGACUUUUACAGUCCGUGAUGUGAAGACAGGAGCAGAGCAGAAAUAUCGCUGGUGUGACACUGUGUUCACUUUGAAAAGCUAUACAACAAGAAGUGACCUGAACUGCGCAGCAAGCAGUGGAAACCAAGUUGCUUUUUUAAACGCUUUAUUAAUUUUAAUAGUUUUUUGCUCUGUGGUUAGCUACUAAUCGGAUAAAUACUCCAUGUUUCUUGUUGUUAUUAACCAUUAAAUUGAUUCUCAUGCUUUAUUCAAUCUAAUAUUCAUGCGCUGGUCAGCUGUGGGGAAAAUCAAAACAUCUGAUUUAAUAGAUCGGAAAUCUGAGAUUUGAGUCUUUGCGAAAUAUGCAAAUAAUACAACUUCUAAAAUAAUUGUAAUUAUAUUGUAUCAACCAAAUUCAAAACGUGUUUAUAAUAUGUGCAAUAAACGUGUAUUUUGUAAGGGUUAGUAAGAUUCGUAAGUUAGUAAGUUUUGUAAGAUUCGGCCCAAACUGACUGACUGUUGUGUAGAUGUCUUGCCUAGUGAUGAUUUUAUUUGAUGCAAUAGCUUUCUGCUUAGGUGAAAAACCCUGGGAUUUCUGAGGGUAUAAAUUUGUGUUUAUCGUAUUUUUUAAUGUUGAUUUUUUUCUGUACUUUGUUAUUAAAACAAAACCAUUGAAUGUGGUGAUUCGAGAACAUC